AUGGGCGCCGUCGUCGCCUCGGCCCCAACCGUCGGCUCAAAUUCCGAAAUCUACGACUACAAGGGUGUGCGAUUCGGCCUCGUCGACCUCGGGGGACAGAGCAGCCUGCGUUCAGCCUGGAGCCAGUAUUUCGCCGAUACGGCCGCGAUCAUCCUGGUCAUUGACUCGAACGACAGUGCGCGGUUGGGCCUGGCCAAGGCCGAGUUGCAGAAGUUGGUCAAGAAUGAGGAGCUCAAAUCCGCCCUCCUCCUCGUGCUCGCGAACAAGCAAGACCUGCCCGAACAAGCCGGGCGACUGACGCCGGCCCAGGUCUCCGAGGGCCUGGGACUGACGGACCUGCGCGAGCGCGAGUGGCAGAUCAUGGGCUGCUCGGCGCUCACGGGCGACGGCCUCAUGGAGGGCAUGGACUGGCUCGUCAACAAGCUUACGGCCAAGUAG